AAAAUUGAGCUAACCAAGAUGAAAUUCGCCAUCGUAUUCGCUGCCGUCGUGGCCGUAGCCUGCGCUGGGCACCAAAAGUCCUUGGCCUCCAACAUGCCCGAGCUGGAAGCCAUCGUGGCCGCAAUUCAGAGCCCCAGCACCGACCCCGCCACCGCCGCGCUGCUCGAAGAGCAGCUGGCUGAUCUGCUGGCCGAAUUAUUCCCCCAACCUGAGCCUAUCCUCGUUGAAGAGCCGUCUCCGGUCCAUGUCGGGCUCCCUAUCCUCGACUUCCCUCUUCCUGAUGGCGGCGCCGUGACUGCCGUGCAGCCAGAGUCCCCCGCUCUCGUGCCCGCUCCUAUCGUCAACCCCAUUCCAGCUGCUCUCGCUGAUGCGGCGGCUCCCUUAGUUCAAAUCAUCCUGAACAUCAACCAGGCCAGCUCUGGCGCCGCGCCCGUGGCCCCCGCUCCCGUCGAGACCCCCGUCAUCGACAUCCAGCCCGUGCAGGUCGUCGAGGAGGCAGUGAACGAGGAGACCAUCGUGCCCACCCCCGUGGUGGUGGUGGACUCCGCCCCAGAACCCGUGCAGGUGGUGGACGUGGUCCCAGAACCCGUGCAGGUGGUGGACGUGGUCCCCGAGCCCGAGCCCGAGGCAGUGCCCAUCGAGAUCGCCGUCCCCAUCGUCCCCAUUCCCGUCGUCAACAUCCCCAUCGACCUCAACUAAAU